AUUAUGUAGCUUUUUAUCGGAUUGUUGUACAUCUGCAGUCACUAUAUUUUUCAGCUAACUCCAAAAUGUACAAACAAAUAUCUCUUCUAGCGCUUUUAGCGCAAAUCACGAGCCAAGAACCAAUAGUACAACUCCCUAACGGCCAAAUUCUGGGACGUGAAGAUAUUACAUCCGAAGGUGUGCAGUAUUACGCUUUCGAAAAAAUUCCGUUUGCAGCUCCUCCAGUUGGAGACUUGCGAUUUAAAUCACCUCAACCACCUGAAAACUGGGACGGUGUUCUCAAUACAACUACUCUUGACGUGAUGUGCAUUCAAAUUGGUGGUUCUGGGCCUGUUCCGGGAGUAUCAGCAUCCGAAGACUGUCUUUACCUAAACGUAUUUUUGCCAACAAUUUCUCUCAAUAGUAGCGAACCUCUAGCGGUGAUGGCAUAUAUCUUUGGUGGUGCCUACAGGGUGGGAACUGCUGCUGAAUAUAAAGCAGACCUUUUUAUGAACCAUGGAGUGAUUUUAGUUGCCAUGAAUUACCGAGUAGGACCUUUUGGUUUUAUAUCAACGCAAGACGAAGUAAUUCCUGGAAAUAACGGUCUGAAAGAUCAACUGCUAGCCCUUCAAUGGAUUAACAACAAUAUAGCACUGUUUGGAGGUGACCCAAACAAAGUGACUAUUUUCGGACAAAGUGCCGGUGGAGGUUCUUGUGCUUAUCAUUUACUAAAUCAAAAUUCGUUAGGUUUAUUCCAGGGUGCUAUUUUGGAAAGUGGUACCUUUUUGAGUCCAGGAAUGUACCAACGAGAUUCUAGAAAUAUAGCAUUUGGUGUUGGUGCGGCAAUAGACCCUAGUUUUGAAACCAAUCAGGAUUCAGAAGCGCUACUUCAAUUGUUGCUAAAUUCAACUGCUGAUGAAAUAAAAGCAGCUGUUGAACAAUAUAGCAAUAAGGUAAGCCAACCAUGGGAAGGAUUCGUGGAUCAAGGCAGCAUGUGGGCUCCUGUUAUUGAAGUUAAGAAUCCAGACGCUAUUGUCACAAGAAAAAUGUAUGGACUGCUUUCUGCUGGAAACAUUUUGCCUAUACCUACAAUGAUGGGGUUCACCUCUGAGGAAAGUCUUCUCGGAAAAGACGAUCCAGAGAUGGUGAAAAGUGUUGCCAUAAGCAUAGAUGCAGAUUUAAGUGUAAUAGUGCCCAACGACAUGGAAAUCAUGGAUAAUGAGGAACGUGGUCAAGAAGGAACUUUGAUAAGGGAAAUUUACACGGAUGGUGAACCCUUUGAGGACCAUUUAGGUGCACUGAUAAGAUAUUCCAGUGACAAUACUCUUACGAGAGCUAUGAUCAAGCAUGCAGAACUAUUUUCAAGUAUCGCACCAACAUUUUUUUAUCAGUUUUCGUACGAUGGAAUAAUAGGCGGGAUUGAUGCACACUAUGAUGGUGCUGACAAUGUAGGACAUACUGAGGAACUGAAGUAUUUGUUUUGUGGUGGGUCAGACUGUACCGAUACGACAAAAUAUCCUGAAGAUGAUCUAUUAACAAGAGAAAGAUUGAUCACGAUCUGGACCAAUUUUGCAAAAUAUCAAAACCCCACUCCAGAACCACAAUCCAUACUGCAAAAUGUCACUUGGCCGCAACUCAAAACAGAUGAAGGCGACUUUUUUUACUUGGACAUUAAUAGCGAUCUGGAAGUUCAAAACCAUCCAAAACAAAAGUAUUACGAAGGUUGGGCAACACUUUACGGAGCUUUAGAUUACACCGAUUUUGACACUUUUUGAUUAUGGUUCAGAUGUUGAUUAAAGAUUCAUUUGUA